AUGCUUUCCGUGUGGAGACGCGACGUGAUUUGGGCUCGCUCCACUCUGGGCUCUGCCCUCCCAUCGCGCAACACCCCCAAGUACGCUUUUCCUCAGCCAGCCAACCCUCAGGGUUCUCCUGCCUAUCAGUUCUCGCACUCGUCUUCCACUAGUGCUGUCCAUGCUUCCCUCCUACCGCCCUUUACGUCCCCCGCAGUUCCACCCUCUUCCACUCGCGCCUCUCCUCAAAGAGAGUCGGCCUCGGCGAGUAGGAAACGCGCCAACCUCAGCCACACUAUCUGGGGUAAGCAGCCUUCCGAAGCGUCCGAGUCCGAGCAGGAAAUCGAAUCCCAUGCUCCAAGGCGUGUUGCCCUGGACAAGUCCCGCAAGGACCAGUCUUCGUCCCUAGACCUCCUGGACGCGCACGACGAUUACUACAUUCUCGAGCGGCGUUUCCACAAGCAAGCCGCCACUGUCAAGGCCCUCGAGGCUGAGAAGUCUGCCAUGCAGAGUCGCCUGUCUCAGGCCGAGACGGAUAACUCUGCUAUGCGCGCUGAGAUUGCUGACAUACGCGCUCAGCUUGCUGAAUUCCUCGCUCUCGUCCGUGUCGCACCUACUGCUGCACCUACCCCUGUUCCGGCUGCUGCUUCUGCUUCCGCCGCUCCUGCCCGCCCCCAGCCUCAAGCCAGAGCUGGACCCUCUGUUGCCGUUGCCGCCGCUGCUGCUGCUCCUGCCGCUGCUGCUGGUUCGCCCUCCGGCUAUCUUGCUGCUGCGCGCUGUGGACUUUCCGCCGCUCAGUUGGAAGUCAUCCGCGGCAUGAAGCCCGCUCCCCGCCCAUUCCGAGCUCGUGCUCCUGCUGGUGUCACUCCAGCUGCCUCUUCUCUCGUCCGACUGUACUUUGGGAAUGUGCAGUCGUGCCCUCUUGGCCAGUUCAAGGCCACCUUUCGUGCGUUGCGCAUCCGCACCUCGGCUAUUGCCAAUAUUGCCUUUGUGGGCAAGGCCAUCGUCGAGUUGAUGGUGGAUGUCGCAUGCCACGACACGAUCGAUCGAUACUUGGCAAGUGAUCGCAACUUCAAUAUAUCCUACGCUUCCUUUGAUCUUGUUUCCUAA